UCAUAGCACAGCUUGAGGGCGGAACAGGCGGACUUACUGAAGGAGAUUAUUAUGCUACAACAAUUCAAGGUGACGGUUACUGGGCGCCCUAUGGUUACCGGCCAGGAUCCGCCACACGCACCAACAGUUGCCAGCAUGUCCGUGAAGUGCCGCCACAGUUGCGCUCUGCCAGCGUCCUGAAGCCAUUUGGUUUGAGCACCUUCUACCAGAAAUACACAGAGGCCUACGGUAUUCCUGUCGUAGCAAGCUACAGUGUCCCAGACGAUGCACUCAGACGGGCCUGCUACACACUUCGGUUCCUACUAGCCGGCAACUGGGCGGUGAGAGAAUCCUUCUACCGUUACUCUGGCCGGGUUGCAGUGAUCGGACGAGAUGAAGGAACUACAAGUAUCCCCGAACACAGCAACUUGCCCUCCUGGUGGAAUUUGAGAGCCCGAGGGCUGGGUGCCACACCUCAUGCUCCGGUCUCUUCUGGGGGCGAGGAGAAUGUGCUGUGUUACAG